UAAAGUAGGGCUUUUGCUAUCUUUCGCGAAAACUAUUACUACUUUUGAAGCCAGUAUGAGUCAAGCCAAGCCCAUAACGAAACGUGAUCCGCGUCGUCUGCCUUAUGCCGCUGUUUCAGUUGAUGUAUGAAUUUAGCGGCCGACCAGAGUUUGUUAACGCGACGUAAUUUAUCUCACGAGAUUGUUAUGACGGCACAAUGGAACUUGUUGAGCUUCACAAUCAUCCCGAGUACAUAAACGCCUGUUGCAACAUCUUGAACAACGAAUGGAAACGCAGCCAUGCAGCUCGCUGUCUUUAUGCAGGUACCACAGCCUGAGCAAGUCCUGCAGUAAUUUGCCCGUUUCGCUGGCGUUGGUCAGGCACAAAGAGGGCUUGGACGGCCAAGUGGUUGGCCAUGCCAAGCUCUGUCGUGUGCUGCAGGACGAUAAAGCGUGCUUUGUCGAGUCUGUUAUAGUUAUCCCCGAGGAGAGAGGAAAAGGUUUCGGAAAGCUAGUCAUGAAGCUGACUGAAGAGUACGCUCGCAAGAAAGGCUUUACAAGGUGCUACCUGUCGACACACGACAAGGAACCGUUCUACACGGCCAUUGGGUACACAAUCUGCGCUCCUGUCUGUGGGAUUUCAGGCACAAUGGACCACAUGGACAGGUUUCUCAGGCUCUUCGACAGCAAACCAAAUGAAUCGCUUUCCGAAGACAAACCACUUAAUGAUGGGUCUUCACAAAAAGUCUGCUCAGAGCUGCAAAACCAUCCACCACCUCCCCCACCUCCCCCUUUACUGCCCUCAUCACCACUGCAAGUUACGGCAACUAAGCAGGUGUGGAUGACGAAACAGCUGUGAAGUGCUUUGGACUUGAACUUUAUUAUAUUAAAGACGCUCUCAAUCAG